UCAUUAAAAUAAUUUGAAUAAUUUAAAUUUAAAAAAAAAUUAGCGGGAAAAUUGUAACCAUGACUACCGGAGUUUGUUGUUUUUUAAGCUGUGUAACCUUUACAAUAGUCGAAAUUAGUGUUUGAUAUUUAUUUAUACAUAAAUUUAUAAAAAAUAUUAGUGAUAAUCAUGGACGGAAUGAUGAAUUUUAAUGAUUUGAAAGCAUUACAAGAAUUGAUUAAUCCACCGAAUGAUGAUACUGACUCAGAUACUGAUAUUUCACAACAAGGAUUACGUAAAUUGGGGCCUGGUGAUAUCGGCCCACUGAAAGAAUCGCCAUCAUCAUCAUCAUCAUCAUCAUCAAAAAAUUUGACUGGACCGCAUGCGCCACUUAAACCAGAAGGUGACGAAAUUUGGCAUUCAUCAGAAGCGACAACCAGUUCAUCAGCCGAACUUUUAGAUCCCAGAGAAGUUCCGGAAUAUGAAAUUAAGUUCAAGCAGUCUGUUACUUCAGAAGACAUUUAUUUGGGGAUGGGAUUCAAAACUCCCGGGUCAGCCUCUUGCGAGUGGAUCACGGUUUUAGUUAAAUUACCCGGCGAGUCUGUUAAAAGUGUUGAACUUACUGUUGAGUCGGAAUUUUUCGACAUCCGCAGCCCCAAGUACCGGCUGUAUUUACCAACCCCGCACUCUAUUGAUCCCAAUAAUUCAUCCGCCAAGUGGCAUAAUGACACGGAUACUCUGGAGUUGACUUUAAAGCUUGUUCGCGAAUUUGACGGUAUCAAUUUUUAA